ACUCGCCUUGUCUCUUUUGGAAACACCACGUGUUGGAAGUGAUCAGAUUCGAGUGAAAAAUGAAGGUGAUUGUGAUUAUUCUAGCCAUUUUCGUGGCUCAAGGAUACUCCCAGCGACACUGCUUCAUUUGCCAGAACUGCAACGAUCCCUUCGACACGGGUGCUGCGCAAAGACAUUUGUGCACUGCUGACAAUAUCUUUCAGCCACCAGGACAGGAACCUCCGGUUACUCCUCCAAUCACUCCUCCGCCUGAUGGCCCACCAGCAACCACUGAACCACCCACCUUGACUCCUCCGACUGAGGCUCUUCCCCCGGGAGAAGAUCCUACACUUCCCCCGAUCAAUGGGAUUCCGACAACGACCACCCUCCAGCCAACACCCGCAGAUGUUCCCCAGGGACUCUACAGGAAGCGCCGCAAUGCCGUGGCUUACAACGAUCCUGAGCCAGACCCCGCCAACCAGCAAUUCCGCUGUUUCAUAGCCCACAGAGAUGUUGGUGGAAACCGCCAAACAGAGCGAGGAUGCACGGUAUAUUUGGGCGACGAGACGUGUGGCUUCUUGGGUGUCACCGGAAAUAAUUGCAGAGUUUGCGACAGCGACGGUUGCAACAGUGGCUCGAGGUUCACCUUGUCCAUCUUGACGCUCAUCGCGGCACUUUUCAUCGUAGUGCGACUUCAUUAAGCUCUUUGUGAGACGCUAGGUAGCUCGUUAGAGUUUAAUUGCCAAUUAUGAACCAUAUAUAUUUAGCUAUGUAUUUUGUAAGCUCUAAGAAUAGCAUGUACAUAUGAGAUUACACGAUUGGUCUCCUAUUUAUUAAGUCAAGUGGAGCUCACUGCACUGCAUCCUUCACUCUCAUACUCACACUUCUCAUAAAUUGGGCGUUAAUAAAUUUAUU